AUGGAUGGUGAUUGGGGCGAGACCCAGAAGCGGCUGCUCAUAGAGGAGAGUGACGCCUGGUUCGAGAGGCAUGGCUUAAGACUUCAGCUGUUGCGGCUGCCACUGCCAUUACCCCCGCACUGCAAGAACUGGGGGGAGCUAGCAGCGCAACUGCAGCUAUACCCUUUGCACCUAAAGCUCCUUAACCACGAAAGACUUCUGGCCAAGAGAAUUAGGGGAAAUUGGAGCUUUUCAGCCUCUCCCCGAAACAGCCCGAACGACCCCCGCAACCGCCAGCUGCCUUUUCGGCUUCAGCCACUGCCUCGCGCUGUGGCAGCUGAACUGCCGCUGUUGGGCCGCGAGCUCUUGAGUGAAGACUUUGACGGCUUACUGCUGACUGUCCACAGCAAGGCGCUUAAGCCAGAGGCUUCAAAUAACAAAAAACAGGUUCCGAACACUGCUGGUGUCUCAAAGGUGUUUGCUGGCUGCGUGAUUGAGUCCCUUGCUUCCAAUGAACGGCAGCUGAGGGCAUUAUGGGUAAACCAUCGGCUGUCAGCCCGCAGCACCCGGCUGCUCCUGCAGGUGCUCCUGCCUCGAGUGGUGGUUGAGGCGUUUGCUUUAGAGGGAUUUACAUACAUCCCGUCUCCCCUGCAGCAGCAGCAGCAACAGCAGACACGAGUGCAGAGCUUUAAAUCGGUGUUCAUAGAUAGGAGGGACUUAGACCUUUGGCCUAGGCAGUGCUGGAUGUUACUUCCAGCGAUAAAAAAUUUCGGGUGGCCCCUACACUACGACAUCAAGGGGAAGACUGCAGCUGUACACCUGGACGCCGGCGUUAAUGGGAGUCUGACCUGCAGCUGCCAUCUUUCGCGGACCUGUCUUCCGCCCAGCGAGCAGGCCACUUUGGAUCGUUUCUUGAUGGUAACGGAGCCUCUGCUACACUUGUUGCUGCCGCCUCGGGCUGAGAGGCGCCACUUAAAGAUCGAACGCCAUCCUCUCUUUUAUAGGCAGGCGGCUGCAACCACCUCGCCCUCGCCAAUAAAGCGGAAACCUGGAAAGGGAAGAAAGGGAGGUACCUGGAGUGACGGAGUGGAUUCUGCUGUGGAAGAGAGAAGGGGAUGGAGAGAGUUCAUUGCCAUUCAAAGGGACGAGGAGCUCGCAAGAGAAGCUUCCUGCUUGAUUACGGGCUGCACCUAUGUCCCGCCUCCCUCCCUUUUCAGUAAAGAAGAUGAGUGGUGUGGAUUAACUCCAGAAGAUGUCGUUCAGUUGGUGUCUGAUUGCGAGGAGGUAGGAACUACCCAGACACACUGUGGUGCUCAAGCAUCUGCUCGUACACUCGCUAACCAGCAAGCCAAAACCUCACCCCCUGCUCGCCCAAAGAGGCCUGCCUCCCAAAAAAGAUCACUACUCAGACAGUCUGCCUCUUCCCUUCCAGCCUCUAAAGCUCCGCAAUCCACAGUUCAGCAAGCUCGAGCAGCAGGCACCCGGCGUAGCUCUAUAGGAACCUCCGAGCAUUCUGCCCGAAGUUUGGGAGGCACUCAGGAGCCUCCCCAGGAUGCUCCACGGAGCGGCAACUCCCACAGCUCUCACGGUGGGCCCCUGGAUUGUCCAAAGAGGGGCCACCAGGGGUCACCUAAACACAGCUCCUAUGAUAGCAGGGUUCCCGAGGAGGGCCCACGUCGGGGCCCUCUAUGGGACCCUCAGGGAGCCCCUGAGGCUACGGAAGGCCUGGGAGGCGUUGCACCAGGAGUGCGACGCAGAUACAUACCAAGAGAGGUAGCAAGCCACAAUGGUCAGCUAGCUGCCGUUACCUCUAUGGGCUUAUAUCGUUGCCCUUUCUCCUUAUGCUACGCUGAAUGCAGAACAAGGGUGCACCAUGAUCUGAGUAGAGUUGCGGAGCGGUUUGGUCAAGAGGAAGCGAAGAAGUGA